CGGAAGCAAUUCAAAGCCUCAUCGCGACUCUCUGACGACAACAUCGUCUGCUGGUCUUCAACUCAGAUAAACUCAGACCUCCUGCCGCACCUGCCGGAGCUGCUUUGCCAGACUUCUCACACGCCCCUCAACUCACACACCCACGUGACCAUGGCGCUAGGCAUGCAUGCGCAGCAGCAGCAGCACCGCCUGCAGGCCCGCACAGCCAACCGCCGCACGGCCGCUGCGCCCCUGCGGCCUGCCCAGCCCGCCAACGCUGCCGCCAGCCGCAGCCGCGCGCAGCGGGGUCUGCGUCUGCGGGUGAUGGCGCAGGCGCCGCCCUUCACUGGCGGCACCGACACCAAGCCCGACGGAGCUGUGGCCACCGCCACCCAUUCUGCUGCGCCUGCAGCUGCCGCCCGCUCCACCCGCUCCCCCUACGGCAAGGCCAUUCUGCUGCAAGGCUUCGCCUGGGACAGCUGGCAGAAGGGUGGCGGCAACUGGUACGGGCGGGUGCAGGCCGCCAUCCCCGAGCUGGCGGCGCUGCAGGUGAGCCACGUGUGGCUGCCGCCGCCCAGCCGCAGCGUGUCCAAGGAGGGCUACCUGCCCGGCCAGCUGUACGACCUGGACAGCGAGUACGGCACCAAGGAGCAGCUGACCCAGCUGUGUGCGGCGCUCAAGGCGGCGGGCAUCAGCCCCAUGGCGGACAUCGUCAUCAACCACCGCUGCGCGGAUGAGCAGGUGGACGGCGUGUACAACAACUUCCUGGACGAGAUCGACCACGCGGGCAAGUCCAUCGACUGGGGCCGCUGGGCCAUUACCGCAGACGACCCGCACUUCAACGGCGAGGGCAACCCCGACACGGGCGACGACUUCGGCGCCGCGCCCGACCUCGACCACGCCAACCCCGAGCUGCGGGCUGCGCUGGUGGACUGGCUCAAGCACCUCAAGACGGAGGUGGGCUUCACCGGCUGGCGCUUCGACUACGCGCGCGGCUACGCCGCGCGCUUCAUUGCCGAGUACGUGGACAAGACGGUGGGCAAGGACGUGUUGAACGUGGGCGAGUACUGGACAGAGGCCCAGUGGCAGGGCGAGCACCUGGACUUCAACCAGGACGGCGCCCGCCAGGUGCUGUGCAACUGGCUGGACCAGAGCAAUGGCAGGAGCGCCGCCUUCGACUUCCCCACCAAGUCGCUGCUGCAGGAGGCCUGCCGCCACACGCAGUACAACAGGCUGAGGGACGAGCGGGGCAAGGCGCCGGGGCUGGUGGGCUGGUGGCCGGCCAAGGCGGUGACGUUCAUUGAGAACCACGACACGGGCAGCACGCAGCAGCACUGGCCCUUCCCCUCCGAGUACGUGGGCACCGGCUACGCUUACCUGCUCACACACCCGGGCAUCCCCACCAUCUUCUGGGACCACGUGUUCGAGUGGGGCGAGCCGCUGCGUCAGGAGAUCACCGCCCUCGCGCAGCUGAGGCAGCGUGUCGGCCUGCACUCCGAGAGCAAGCUGGAGAUCCUGGCGGCGGAGCCCGACAUGUACGUGGCGCGCGUCGCAGAGAAGGUGACUGUGAAGCUGGGUCCUCGCUGCGACAUGGGCGACCUGCUACCCAAGGAGGAUGACGGCUGGAAGUUCGUGAUGAGCGGCAAGGACUGGGCGGUGUGGGAGAAGACCAACUGAUUGCGGCCGCCGUGACCGCGUCACACGCCGGUGCGGCCGACCCGAUGGGGCUGCCAAGGCCGGCCGGGUGCGAUGGCGGCCGCACCGGCUUGUGACACUGCGGGGGCUGCCGCCGGCCCGCAACAGCCGCGCGCAGCCUGCCGCUCUGCGUCGGCACCGCAUUGCACGCGCACAAAAUCCGUAUAAACAAAUUUGUGAAUACAAUAAUGAACAACACUCGUGCUCUAUCACUUGAAUCAUGUGCGGAACUUGCUGCCAAGGUGAGAGACAGCGCCGCGACCGCUGCCUGCUAGACUAGCUCUGAGAGUUACUAGGUGUGUCGCUGGCACCCUAAUCGAGGCCGAGAGACGUGCAGGAUUUCAUGCCGCUGCUACUGAUAAUUGUUUGAGUUCUGCUUUGCAUUUGCACAUGCGCUUGCGCUGACCAUGCUGCUUGUGGUGCCUGUGAGCCGGGCUCAGUAGCGGGCCUGCCGCCGGUGUGCUGCUGGUGGCACUGCCGCCGCCACCGCACACGCCACGCGUGAUCCCGGUCCUGCUGGCCGUGUGUGACGUAAAACAACUGAUACCUGCGUCAUCUGCACAUACUUCAUGUGCCAUUCGUCAUUCGCCAUCCCUGGCCGUGAGUACCUGCUAUUUACUACUGCAGUAAUGCAUUUCAGGGGCUUGAGAUGGAUGCGCGCUUUUGUUUUGGGCCUUGUGCUAUGUAACUCGAGAUUUCGUUGAUUUGCUGCAUUACAUUAGGGUGACUACGGUUAUAAAUGCCUCAAGGGCAGAGGGCUGGGCUGCGUUGCGCCGUUGCCCCCAAGCUGGGCUGCCCCCGGGCUGCAGCGGCACCACUGGAGAGAUUGGUGGACCGGAUGCUCCCGUCCCAAGGCCCAAGGGCCCUGGGAUGAUCCAUGUAACAUGAGAAGCGC